GGGCCCGCCCACAACCGUUCUGGUCCCGCCCACCAGCAUUGACUCUGCCCAUGCCAAACAGUGCCCCACCCAUAAACGCCAUGGACAUGCCCACAAACGCCGUGCGGCGUCGUGGAAUCUUCCAGCUCGCCCCGCCCAUCCUAUUCUGAGGCCCCGAUCCUGCCCACGCCCGUCAUGGAUCCGGGCCUCUGCGGCGUGGCGGGCGGAAACGUUCUAGAAGAGGCAGCUGUGGCCUAGCAGCUGCGCUCCGCCCCCUGCGGCGCCGCUCCCCUGUUGCUGUUGCCGCCUGCCCCCGCCGUGGUGCGGAUUCCCCCUCGCGGGCGAGGCAGGCGGCCUCUGAGGACUUCUAAGCCGGCGCAGCGCCGCUCAUUGGCGGCGAGCCGCGCGCGGUGAGGGUGUCAGCGGGCGGCGCCGCGACGCAGAGAGGUUUCGUCAUGUGCCGUGUGGCACGGCCAUGUUGCACCUUCUGCAGCAGGGACUGGUACUGGCAGCCCGGGGCUGGUGCAGCGCUGCAGUUUGCAAGUCAUGUGCUCUCCGAAGAUUUUCCAUCCAGCUUGCCCAGCAGAAGAAGAUUCCAAAACGGUAUUUGGGCCAGCCCAGCCCCUUCACGCACCCACAUCUGCUCAAACCAGGAGAGGUAACCCCAGGAUUGUCACAGAGGGAAUAUGCUCUUCGCCGACACAAACUGAUGGUGUUGAUCCAGAAGGAAGCUCAAGGCUGGGAUGGUUUGGACCACACAGUGAUUCUGCUUUCCAACCCCACAUACUACAUGAGCAAUGACAUUCCCUAUGUUUUCCACCAGGACACUAAUUUCCUGUAUCUCUGUGGGUUUCAGGAGCCUGACAGCAUCCUGGUGCUGCAGAGCAUUCCUGGCAAAGCACUGCCGUCUCACAAAUCUAUACUUUUUGUGCCCCGGAGAGAUCCAAAUCGAGAGCUGUGGGAUGGGCCCAGAUCAGGCCCAGAUGGGGCAAUUGCUCUCACAGGAGUAGAUGAAGCUUACACCAUUGAGGAGUUCAGUCACUUGGUAGCCAAGCUAAAAGGUGAGUCAAACAUGGUUUGGUAUGACUUGAGAAAACCAGUGCAUGCAGAGCUGCACUCUGACUAUAUGCAGCCCCUGGCUGAGGUAAAAGCUCGGAGCAAAAACCGCAUCCAGGGCGUUCGACAUCUCGUGCAAAAUCUUCGUCUGAUCAAAUCCCCUGCGGAGAUUGAGAGGAUGAAGAUAGCUGGCCGGGUGACAGCAGAGGCUUUUACAGAGACAAUAUUUGCCAGUAAAUCUCCCGUGGAUGAAGCCUUUCUGCACGCGAAGUUCGAAUUUGAGUGUCGAGCUCGUGGUGCUGACAUCUUGGCAUACCCCCCUGUUGUUGCUGGUGGCAACAGAUCGAACACUUUGCACUAUGUGAAGAAUAAUCAGCUUAUCAAGGAUGGUGAACUGGUCUUGCUAGAUGGUGGAUGUGAAUUUUCCUGCUAUGUGAGUGACAUCACACGUACCUGGCCGGUCAAUGGAAGGUUCACCAAAUCCCAAGCAGAACUGUAUCAAGCUGUCCUGGAUAUCCAAAAGUCGUGCUUGAGCCUCUGCUCCCCUGGCAUGAGUCUGGAAAAUAUCUACAGCCUCAUGCUGAGCCUUAUUGGACAGAAACUGAAAGACUUGAGUGUCUUAGACAGCAGCAUCACUGACAGCCAUUUCUUCAAGGCUGUUCGAAAGUACUGCCCUCAUCAUGUGGGCCAUUACUUGGGCAUGGAUGUUCAUGAUACUCCAGAUAUAUCCCGAUCGCUUCCGUUCCAGCCAGGCAUGGUGAUAACCAUUGAACCAGGCAUUUAUAUCCCAGAGGAUGAUGCAAGUGCUCCGGAAAGGUUUCGUGGCAUUGGUGUGCGCAUUGAGGAUGAUGUUGUGAUAACAGAGGAUGCACCUCUUGUCUUGUCUGCUGACUGUCCCAAGGAUAUCUACCACAUUGAGCAGAUCUGUGGCCGCAGCUCAUGAUGCCUCUUCUCUACCUCUUUCAUACUCCUUGGCUGACACAACGCCGCAGGGAUGCAGAUCCCUUAGCUGGCUGUAGUUGUCAAGUGAUGAAAGGCAUGGACAGUUGAUGGCUGUUUCCAGGACUGGGACUGGGCAGUGGAACACAAAAGGCUUGGGUACUGAGGGAUGAAAAAACAAAGCAACCUUUUCUGUGCGCUAUUUUCUUCUGAUUUCUGCUGAUGUUGAACUGUUGUAUGAUGUGGGAGUGGAUUCAUCCCUCUGCUGUGUGGAUCCAUGUGUUCUGGGGCCCUUGGGGGAGGUUGAAUUUUGUCAGUGCCACCAGAUGCAUAGGUACAACAGCUUAGACCAAGACCCCCUUUUUUCCCCCUUAGCAGCAGUUUCACAGCAGUCAGGUUUUUAAAAUGAGGCUUUUAUAAGUGCUGGUUUGGGAUAAGGAAAUGUCAGCUUGAAUUUUAUAGAACCAUGUAAGAAGAGAAUCUGGUAAUCAGGAAGAUAGAUUUGGUGGAGAGGUGGUUGUAUCUGAAGCCAGUGGAGAAUUCUUUUAGUAUUUUAAGUAUAAAGAUGUGUUUAGGCCUUGUUCAGGCAUAUGCAAAAUAGGCCUGUGGCAGGGAAAACCACCUUGUCUUUGAGCUUAUUGGAGUGUUCGGUAAUUUCAAAAAGUACAAAUAGGGCUCAGAAGGUUAGACAUACCCAUUCUUGUUGUCUUUCACAUUCUCUUCCUUUUGUCCCAAAGGUCCAUUCCUUUUUCCUGCUCUGAGUUCCUCUCUACCCUAGGAAGCAGGGCCGUGUUGUUUAUGCUGGACUUCACUGGUGAGUUGUUGGUUGUCACCUAGAUGUGAGGUGUCCAGUUCUGGGACAGUCACAGCAGCUUUCUGACUUAUGCUUGCUGUGUGCUGGAAGUGUGUUUUUGAAGAGUCUGCCCUAUGGUGAGUGUCAUGUGUUUACAUAGAUUUUAUAUGGAAUUAAUUGGAAUUAAAAGUAAUUCUUCUUUUCUGAACUCUGGGGGCAUGAUAAGAGCUGACUUCUGGGUUUUUCCAAGUGCUCUAACAGCAUUUUUGAAGCAGCUGUAAUUGCUACUGCGGCUAGGCUGGAUAAGGUGUAAAGAGAAGUUUUCUACCCUGAGCAUCAGCCUACCACUCAGGCCAUUGUAUACCAUAGUAAAUACACCUAGUAGAGGCGAACACAGCAUCUGUGUGUUUACUAAAAAUAUUUAGACAGCUAUUUAACAUGUCUGAAAAAUGCCUCUCAUCAGAGCAUAUUCUGUUAUUUAUACUUGCUCUUGCAUCACCUUACUUCCUUUCUUAUGGUAGCUUUCAGUGCUCUUCAUCUGUUACUCUAAAUUUUCUUUCUCUUCUCUUCCUAGAUUGUCUGGUUUUGGCCCACUAUGUCACUGCUUCCUAAUCAAUUUUACUUUCUUAUCAAUGUCACUCCUUCCUCCCUGGUUUGGCCUAAUUCCACAUGGUGAAUGUAGCCAGAAGCAUGUGGGGAAGGUGAUCAGGGUUCUGGAGUUUGACCUCUGUCUCUCUUGUUGUGUAAUCUCUAGCAAAAUCUGCACUUUCUUCACUUCCCCCCCAGGCCCCCUUUUUGUUUUUUUAUGUGUUUCACUUAGUGAAGGCCAAAUGGGCAGUGUCUUGUAUCUCUCAUUGCAUUUAAUGUGAGCUGGCUGUAUGCACUGGGAUUUGAAUUUUGGCACCUGAAAAGCAGCCAAGGCAUGCUACAAUUUUACAUUCUAAACAUGACAAAAAUAAAUGCUUUUACAAGGUUUAGUGUAUCAAGUUUUAAAGCUGUUCUGAUCUGUAAUACAUUUGUUCCAAUUACACCUGUUAAAACCAUAUCAACUGGGCCAAAUCUUGGGGAUUUUGGAACUAUGUAACAGCUUAAAAUAAUAUUAAUCUGAGAGAUACAUGUGUGGGCUGAUCUGCAUAUCUUCCCAUGCAUCUAACAGAGUUAAUAAUGGUACUUACUGUAAAUAAGCCUUUAAAAUGCAUCUAUACAAAUUACUUUUAAAAUAAAACAAUUUGUAGGAAGUAAUUUCUCAGGCCAUCAAGUUGCAUGCUAUUGAAUAGAUAUAUGCGCCUCCAAAAAGAACGUUAUUUUUCAGUGAGAUUUAUAAAUUGUGUGUGACCUGUCUUGGACUUGAACUAACAUUGUCAAAUGUAGACACACACUAAUUCCUACUCCUCCUAGGAAAAUCCUGCAACUUGUAAACCCCAAUAGAUCUUAGGAAUGCUGCAGAUGAAUGUUUCUGUUAGUAAAGACAUGUUUGUGCCUCUGCUGAGUGGAAAGUAAUGGAUCUGCUAGGGCUGCUGACUGUCUCUGAUUUAGGCCAUGCAUAUUCUAUAGUUCUUCCAAUGUGUUCAGCCAUUUUUUCAGCAUAAACUGCUACUGGUUUGAAUCUCUUGUUCCAUGUAAAGGGUGCAUUUCACAGAAAGUAAUAAAUCUGCAUCCUAUGAACCUUAAUUUUUGAAGGCUUUUUCUCACUUGUUGUAGAGAUGAAUAAUCUGUGACCUACAUACAUGCUGCAGUGUCCCUUGCAAACAACCAAAUCCUUGAACAUUUCACACGACCUUUCUCAAGAAACCCUUAAGAGCUUGGUUCUCUGGCUGCUGGGAAGCACAUACCUGUGAUGUAUCUCCCCUGUCGCUGAUCCUGCCAGACUCUCUGCUUCUGCCACAAAAGAGAUUCCUCACUCCAGCCACUUGAGUGCAGGAGCAGCUCUCGGUGGUACAAGUCGACAGCUGCAUGAUGAGGGUGUUGGUGGGAUCAUGGGGGAAUGAAAGAGGAAUUGAUGUAUACACAAGUUCACAUGAGGGAGGUUUUAUUUCAUGUGGCACAGGUCUUAAGGACAUCAGAGUAUGAGAGAAAACUAGAGCCAGCCAUCCCUAUGGAGAAGCUGCUUUGCUUCCAGAGGAACCCUGAGAGGCUCUUGGCUUUCUCACUUCACCUUCUAGCAGGGGGCAGCUUUGCCUUGCAGAGAACUAGUAAAGUCCUGUUGUUCAAUAGAGUCUGAGCAGAGGUACCAAUUUGCAGAUUUGUUUCUGUCAUCAAAUUGGAACAAAAUUUGACAUUUAAACACAAUUUGGCAUUCUAGCUCUGUGUGGAAAAAUACAGUAUGGCUUUCCUAAAAUUGCAUUCAUUAUUUUGCAAAGGAACACAGUGUAGGAAGUAGCAAAUUGAGGUAGCACAGUAAAGAGAAUAGAGAUGGAGAGUUUUGGCAGUGUACAAUGCAAUAAGAGAAGAAUCAGGAGAAGGUUGUGAUUUGGAGCUGCAGGGAUGUGUGCCAGGGAAUGGGAGAGCAAGGAGAGAACAAUGGGGCAUAAACUGGCUAUUCAGUGUGUUGUCAGAAUGGUGUGAUACCUCCAGGAAACUAGUUAUGCUGUUUCAUAACACUGAUUGAUUUGUCCUACUCAGUAGAGAGGAACAAAAAAGUCGGAUUGGAUUGAUGAACUUGGUCUUAAGAGUUAGUUUAAUUGUUUCUUUUAAAAAUCAAUGGAAUUGUCAUAUGAGAAAGUUUUAUGCAGUUUCAGGUUAUUGAUUAUGUGUCAUAUUUCAAAUAAUGUGAAGGGGAAAAAGUAUGUUUCUAGGCAAAAUCUUCAUUAUGAUGGAGGGAGCAAGGCUGAGGUUACAUGCUCUUAUGCUAUCCAAAUUACUGCUGUGGAAAUUGAGUAAUUACUCCCAGAAGAAUUACCAUAAGGUCAAAAGAGUUAUAGUUAAACUUAGAAAAAAUCUGUAUGAGGUAAAUGAUAAAAAUGUUUUAGUUGUGAUUUUAAUACUUUAUGUAAUUGGAUAAUAAAACUCUGCACUGAUAUAAAUUGAUGGUUUUAAAUUUUUUUUAAACUGAGUUGUCCAGAAGCCUAUACAGGCAUCUCUUCAGAAGUAUGCAGAUCUAAAGCGCAUUUAAGUUUAUAAUUCUGACAUCAUUACAGCACAUCUGUUAAAUAUUCACCCUACAUGUGUGCACAGCCUCCACUUGAUUAAAAAUCAUCCUUUGGACACUGUCAUAGUGCUGGCUCUAGGAUUAGGUCUAUAAAAUUCACUAUAUUUAAGAGAUAUAACAAUAAAUUAUAUUUUAAAGCAGUAUUUAUAAUUGAAAUUGACAGUGAAGCACCAAUGACACUCAAUUUCAGCUCCUUUCUCCUUCUCAGUUUAUCUUGCUGCCUUAAUGGCCUAGUAGCUCUGAGCCUUUUUCCUUAGCAGUAAGUGGAGCAAUGAGCCCCUGUCUUCCUGGGACAGCUUAUGCCUCAGCCUACCUGGUUAUUUCUCUGAAGCACCACCCAGUAUUUGGCUAACCAAAACCAGGCUUUUCAGAAAAUGGGCAGAAAGGAACAAGGAAGAAUUUCCAACUUCUCAAUGUGUGUUUACUUUCCCUUGCUGACUCAUACUAUGUAUGCCUUUAUAACAACUGUGACACAGUUAUCCAUUAACAAUGGCAAAGGGAAAAAAAAAUCCUGUCUGGGUAAGGCUGACAAUGAGAUUUUUGAACAAAAAAACGUUAACAAGCAAGCUAGUUCUAGACCCAGAAGUGAAAAUGUCUACUGUAGGCUUCUAUAUUUUCCUUCCACAGGGAGGCUGGGGAAACAGUGCUGCAGGAGCAAUAUGCAGUCUUGGUUUGGGAGCUUUUUGCAGAUGCUGGCCUCAGACAUGCUGUGGUGGGGCAGAACUGACAGUGGUUAAAGAACUGUAUUGGGUUUUUUCCUCUCAAGACCAUAAAGAACCUGUGGCUUUUUAAAGGAAUCUCAGUUUUUCAUAACUCAGGCAGAAAUACCAUGGCAGCACAGGCUGAGAACUCUCAGCCUGUGGUUCAACUAGGAGUUGUUGGCAUUCCAGUGAAAACUUCCAGGAAUGCAGCUCUUAUCAGGGAAAUUAGCUCACUGCUUUUUUUUUUUUUUUUUUUUUUUUUUUUUUUUUUUUUUUUUGAGUAAAUCAGGCCACUAUGAACAAUAUUUUGUGAAGGGGAGAGAGUGUCAGCUUCUUUUUAUUCCCAGCAGAGCAAGACUUCUGCCUCUGUGUGCCUUUGGUAUAGUAAUGCAAAAUGAGAUUUUGCAAUAUCACAUUGCCACUGAUCCAAGUUAAGAUUACAUGAUCUGACUCUUGUACCACAAAAUAGUUAGCAGAUGUCAGGUAAUCUUUUAUCACGUAAAUAUUUUACUUGGGUAGUGCUUUAAGUUUGGGGAUAAUAUAGUGUUCUUUCAGUCUAAUGUGCACAGAGUGUGUAACAUACAACAUCUGUUUUGCCUACGGGAGCUACAACCAGUGUCUGUGUAAUUAACAGUAUUACAUCUCUGUCAUAAGCACCCAGCAAAUUAUUAGAGUCAUUCAGAGAAAGCACAGCUGCUAAUGUCACAGCAGGGAGUUGGGUUUGAGCUAUCUCUACAGGCUUUGUUCCAGGCUACAAAACCUGAUGUUCCUGGUACUGCCUAUGAAUCCUCUACCUUACCACCUCUUGGCAGAAUGACCAUUACGAUUGGGUGGCCUCUCAGAAUUUUGUGGUGGCAUUUCUAUGCUGUUGACCUAAUGUAUCAUUAGUAUCUGCUUAACAAUUUUAACACUGCUUCUUGGAUAGACCAGGUUUGAUAUGGCAUCAGAAGAGUUCUGCUGUGGAGCCAGAUCUGGCUGGCUCCUUGCAAGCUGUUUCCUUGGUCCAUCAGCCCAGUUGCUUGCAUCUCCCUCUCCUCAGCAGGACGGAGAGGCAUGGCCCUAUUGACAGCUCAGGAAUGUCCUCACAUCCCCAUGCAGCUGCUCUGUCACAGAGGCCUUAAUCUCCAAAUGUCCUUCUAACUCUUCGCCCUCUGGACAUGCAGAGGUACCAGUCUGGAGCCAAAAGCUGUAUCCUCUGGUGUGCUUGUUGCACUGACCAAUUGUCAGACUCCAUAUAGUGACACUAAUGCUCCUGUGAUGCAUUGCAGUAUCUGGUAUGUAUAUUGCUUUCUAAUUUAUGCUUUAUACUCUUCUUUUUUCCAGAAGAUGAGCUGUUUAUCAGCUACAUGUGUGUCACUGUGGUGACUGUAACCAGGCAAAACCAUGCACUUCGUACUGAGAUGGUUCUACAUUUGUGGACUUGGAGAUUGUUUUAAACGUUAGUCAAUUCCAAAUUAAUAAAUACUUUUAUUAAUUAUCAAGAAUUAACAAAACGAAAUUUAGGAUAAGCCAGCAAUCAGAAGUUCAGUGUCGAGUCCUGGGAUCGGCACUGGGUGAGCUUUAGCUACGGCCUCUAGCGCACUGUAACUCCCCCGUUCACAAAUCCAGUCUUUUUGGGGUUUCCUUAUAUACAGUUUAUUUAGCCAGGGCCAGAGUAUUUCUUCACAUUUCUUAGUCCUCCGUCUUUUUCUUCAUAUUCGUAGGAGUUUCUUUCUGCUGUCUGGUCUGUUGAAUGGGUCUUCCAAGGGAAAAUGAACAUUAAUUCAGUUUCUCAGAAUCAUGAAUGGAGAGGUGGAAUCGUGAAUGGAGAGAGGCAUUCCACAGAAAGUGAGGUGAGAUCCAUAUCGUUCCUGAUAGCUGGAUCGUUCACAGUUCUACCGCCCAAGAGGACCCAUCUGUCUCCGGAUUCACCUUCUUUUCUGUUGUUAAUUUUGUAUUUCCAGGUUUCCUGACAGGGGUAUUGUUCAUCCCAAAUUCCUGGCAGAGACAGUUGUUCAUCCUAAAACUCCGUCUGUCCCAAGCCCAAACGGCUUUCUCAUUUUAUUUUACAGAACAUUUCUUAAAUUACAUUUUGUAUAUACAAUAAACACAAAUUAUUUCGUGUCGUUUAUCACAGAGUGAUAACUGUUAAUCUGAAUAUCCCAGAAGAACUGCAUGAGGUGGCAAGAGGCUAUGGGAUAGUCCAAGUGCAGGAGACUGCACCAUCUGAGUAUCAGGUCAAAGUCUGAAUCUCUUUCAUUGCUCAGAUAACAGUUUUCAAAGUGGCUUUUAUUCUUUUAAGAAGCAUACAAAAAAAAAAAAAAAAAAAAAAAAAAAAAAAAAAAAAAGAUAA